AAGAGACCUACGAUCCUUGUUCUUUUCGGCGCGGUCCGUUCACGAUCCUCAGCCUGUGAUCUGAUCCCUGUGCUGUCGUACUCACACAAAACACUAUGCGGUGUGCUGUGUCUGAACGUGACCACCGACUCGCCGCGCAAUUUACGUAUUGAUAGCUGCGGAAAUGGCAGACCUAUUGCUCGCCUCUGGCGAAGCGCACUCGCCAGGUUGCAGCUCAGCCGGCCUGGACCUGCUGGCAACUCUGGAGGCCAUUGAACAGGUGCAGGGCGGCGCCGUGGAAACAUCAAUAGAGACGCAGAAACUUUACAAACGGCUGGCGGGAAUCUUUGGGUCGCUCGACGUUCCUGAGCUGGCGUCCUACUAUUCGGCAUUGGCACUUACCACCGCACCGGCAUCCGCCGAGGAAGUGGAGGGGCGCAAAUCAGCCCUCCGACGCUAUCGCGGACAGUUGUACUCCUGGGGCGAGAACGAAAAUGAAUGCCUCGGACAAAACUGUACAUGGUGCUUUCUAUGUCGAAGUAGAAGAUUUAUUGGUCGUCUUCUAGUAGCAGCUCUGAUUUAUCCAGACCGACUUUUUUCUUCAUAAAAGAAUAUGUUUUUCUGCAAUGAAAAAUCUAUCAGGCGAAGCGAGUGGGGGCUCGUCCCCUAGCGUAAGCCCCAGUCGCACUCGUGCUGGCGGUACGGUGACGCGGCCGAAGGUGAUAGAGUGGGUGCGCGAUUUCGGCUUUCAGGAUCUCGCAUGCGGUUUAUCGCAUUGUGUUGCCGUCACAAACAAUGGCGACGUCGUGGGCUGGGGCGGCAACAGCAGUCGGCAGCUGGGCGGGUUUCACGAGAAAGUUGUGCCCGUACCUCGGGCGAUUCUGCUUGGCCAGAAAGUAGUAGCGGUC